AUGGACGUCAUCAUCAGAACGACAACACAACCCCGAGAGACGGGGUUUAACAACAGAGUGGGCGGGGUUUCAGUGGCGUUGUCGGCAACCAGUUGGUUUGCCUUCCUCUAUGGCUUUGCCCUACUGUCAAUCAUCCAAUUUCCCACGGUGACGGGCGACUGUUGGCUGAUUGAGGGGGAGAAGGGCUUCGUGUGGUUGGCUAUCUGCAGCCAGAACCAGCCCCCUUAUGAAGCUAUCCCUGCCCACAUAAACAGCACCAUCGUGGACCUGAGGCUCAACGAGAAUAAGAUCAAGAGUAUCCAUUUCUCAUCGCUCAGCCGCUUUGGGAACCUGACGUACCUCAACCUCACCAAGAAUGAGAUCUCGUACGUGGAGGAUGGAGCCUUCUCGGCCCAGUUCAACCUACAGGUGCUGCAGUUGGGGUUUAACCGUCUGAGGAACCUAACAGAGGGAAUCCUCCGAGGGCUGGGGAAGCUGCAGUACCUCUACCUCCAGGCCAACCUGAUCGAGGCGGUCACCCCCAACACCUUUGAGGAGUGUCCUAACAUAGAGAACAUUGACCUGUCCAUGAACAGGAUCCAGGUGCUGGACGGAGGCUUGUUUACGGGGCUCGGUAGAUUAACCACGUGUGAACUUUACACCAACCCGUUCAACUGCUCCUGUGAGCUGCUGGGAUUUCUACGCUGGUUGGCAGUCUUCCCCAACAGGACCAACGAGAGGAUGGUGUGUGAUACUCCGGCCGGGUUUUCAGGCUACAGCCUCCUCAGUCAGAACCCCAGGAUGCCUGCGAACCGCAACGCUCUGCACAUGCUCAAUAUGGUGUGUACCGACGACGGUAGCAACUCUUUGCCGAACAUCAUUGUUCAGUCCGAUUUUACGACCCUCCCACCGUACUCUCCCUGCGGAUUGGACGACUGCCCCUCUGGAAUGUCCCCGGAGGACCCAAUCAGCAUCAGCCCCUCCUACCCUGAUCUGAACAACAAGCCUAGUAUGAAGGUGAAACAGACCUCCCAUACCUCAGCAGUGAUCACGGUCCAGAUCCCUCGCCCCUUCAGUAAGAUGUACAUCCUGGUCCUCUACAACAACAGCUUCUUCACUGACAUUCAGAACCUGAAGAACCACAAGGAAGAGAUUGAACUGAACAACCUGAAAGCCCACACUGACUACACCUACUGCGUCGUGUCCAUCAGAAACCAGCUUCGUUAUAACCACACCUGUCUGUCCAUCUCCACCGGGAGGAAGGCAGGUCUGGAGAGGACCUCCAACGACUCCUCUGCUACCCACUACAUCAUGACUAUACUGGGCAGUCUCUUCAGCAUGGUCCUCAUACUAGGUUUUGUGUUCCACUGCCUGAGGAAGAAGAGGCAGCGAGACGAGAAGAACAAGAAGAUUGGAAAGAUACAGAAGAGCCUGAUGGAGCUGAAAUACGGCGCUGACCUGGAGGGUGGUGGAGGAACAGGAGGAGGGGGGUCCAUCUCUCAGCUAUCCCAGAAACAGAUGCUCUCGGCUGGGGAGAGUCUCACGCGGAUGCCCUACCUUCCCCAGGGUGGAACCUGUGAGAUGGACCAGUACAAUCUACAGGAGAUCAUUGAUACUCCAAAGGCAGCGAAAGGGAACUAUAUCGAAGUGCGAGGAACUGUUGGCGACCUGCCGGACCGGAGGGAAAGAGAGAGGGAACGAGAUCCUCCCUUUCCUCAGGGUUCAGUAGCAGAGAUCUCCACCAUCGCCUCAGAGGUGGACAAGGUGAACCAGAUCAUCAACAACUGUAUUGAUGUCCUCAAGUCUGAGUCUACGUCGUUCCAGGGGGUCAAGUCGGGCUCUGUGUCGACCGCUGAACCCCAACUAGAGCUGAUCUCAGACCAGCCACAGAGACAGUCAGGGUUCCUGUCACCACAGUAUAAAGGAGGUUACCACCACCCUCUCCAGAGACACCACAGUAUGGAAGCUCCAUCCAAACGACCUUCGACCUCCUCCAGCGGGUCCGUCCGCUCCCCGCGCACCUUCCGCUCCGACGGGCCGUACCGGGGAGCCUCUGAGACCAAGUACAUCGAGAAGACCUCGCCGACCGGAACCACCGAAGACACCGUCCUCACCGUGACGCCCGCCGCCGCCAUCUUACGAGCAGAGGCCCAGAAGGUCCGACAGUACAAGGAGCAGCGCCACUCGUACCCGGGCCCCCAACACCCCCUCCCUGACUCUGAGGAGCUAGAGGAACUCAGUAGCAGGAAACCCUCUUCCAUCCUGGAACCCCUCACCCUGGGGCGGCACCCCAGAGAGCUAGCCUACGCCCAGCUGUCCCCGCAGUACCACAACCUGAGCUAUGAGUCCAGUCCGGAGUACUCCUGCACCCCGUCGCUAGGGAUCUGGGAGAGGUUUAAGCUCCAUCGGAAGAGACACAGAGAUGAGGAUUACGGGGAGGAAUACAUGGCGGCGGGACACGCGCUGAGGAGGAGUUUGCAGGUCGCCAAGGACGAGGAUCUGCACGACAUACUAGACUAUUGGAAAGGUGUCUCGGCACAGCAGAAGUCGUGA